AUGGAGUUUGUUGACUAUGCACUGGGCAACAGGAGCGUUGAGGACUAUUUCAAGGAGAUGGAGAUGUCCAUGAUGCGUUCAAACAUAGUUGAGGACCCAAACAUUGUUGAAAUGCAACAUUAUGUUGAGUUGGAUGACAUGGUGCAUAUGGCGAUCAAAAUUGAGCGACAACAACGUAGAAAAGCUUCUACUCGAGGUAAUACUCCAUUUAAAUCUUUUUCGAAUCCUUUAUACACCCCUAACAAUGCCAGGAAACAAGCACCACAACCGCCAUUACGGAUUCGAGAGCCAGGUGAAUCCUGCAAAAGCAAACCAAAGCCUCCCAUUGUUGAUAAUGGACGUGGCAAACAACCAAUGGUGGCACCAGAACGAUCAAGAGAUAUUCAGUGCUUUAAGUGCCUUGGUAGAGGACAUGUUGCUAGCCAGUGUCCUAAUCGGAGGGUUAUGUUGAUGCGAGAAGAUGGAGAGAUCGAGUCAGAUUCUGAGGAAGAUGUACAUGAACUCCCGACUAAAGAAGAUGAAGAGAAUGACCUAGAAGUUGCUGAAUCUGGUCAAGUUAUGGAGAUCAUGGUUGUCAAACGUAGUUUGAAUGUGCAACAGGUGCAAGACGAGCAACAACACGACAAAGCAUCCGAAUCUGCACAAGUUGCGUGGUUGAAUGACGGUGGAGAACUUAAAGUGACGAAACAAGUGGUUGUACCGUUUUCAAUUGGAAACUACAAGGACGAGGUCCUUUGUGAUGUUGUGUCGAUGGAUGCUACUCACCUUCUUUUGGGGGGCCCUUGGCAUAAGAAGAUUACUUUGGCUCCUUUGACACCGAGUCAAGUAAUUGAAGAUCAAACAAGCUUGAAAAGAGUAAGGAAGUUGCAAAGGAGAAGAAAAGAUGAGCGAUAUGCAAGCGUAAAUCAGAAAUGUCUUUCCUCUCACCAAUCCUUGUUUAUUUUAAUAUUUAAAGAUCAUUGUUUAUUGGCUGAGUUCCCUGCUGAUUUGCCUGCAUCGAUUGUGUCCCUUUUGCAAGAGUUUGAGGAUGUGUUUUCAAAAGAAACACCGAAGGGAUUACCACCUCUUCAUGGCAUUGAGCACCAGAUUGAUUUCAUUCCAGGUGCUACCAUUCCAAAUCGACCAGCUUAUCGUACUAACCCUGAAGAGACGAAAGAGCUUCAAAGGCAAGUUACAGAAUUGAUGGACAAGGGUUAUAUUCGAGAAAGUCUGAGUCCAUGUGCUGUUCCGGUGUUACUUGAUGACAUGUUGGACGAGCUUUGCGGAGCCGUCAUCUUCUCCAAAAUUGACUUGAAGAGUGGAUAUCAUCAGAUUUGCAUGCGAGAAGGCGACGAAUGGAAGACAGCCUUCAAAACAAAGCUAGAUCCAAGCGUCCAGCAUUUUCAUAGGAGUUUUCCGUGA